UUAUUAACUUUGUGCAUCGCUGAGUCUUAAAAUAAAUCACGUUUGGAAUGCAGUUUCAACCAAUCAGCAUCCAGUAUCAGACCCACACGUUGUAUAAAGUACAACAAAGUUAUUUAUGUAUGUAGUACAGCCAUAGGUUACUUACUGGCAAGAGUUGGCUAUCUGAUCUAACAAAGACUUCUGAAUCACUGGACAAAGACAUGGGGACGGUUGAAUCAAGACAAAGCCUUUCACAACCCAUUUCAGCUCUAACCAAAUCUAAAGCAGCUUAUAAAGAACCAUGGAGGAAAACACCUUGGGGUGGGAGAGAAGAGUUGUUGACAGGACUGAAGGCAUAUGUUCCACGUAACGCUGACAUUGAACAUGUUAGAAUUCUGCUCGAUGGACCAGUUGGAGCUGGCAAAUCUAGCUUCAUCAACUCUAUCAAUAACAUCUUUCAGAAUAAAACUACGUCGAAAGCUCUGGCUGAUUCUGCUAUGGCUGAUCAAAGCUUCACCAUAACAUACAAAACCCACAAAAUUGAAAAUCGACAAACUGGACUAUAUUACCCAUUUGUCUUCAACGAUGUCAUGGGCUUUGAGAAAGCGAGUGGAAAAGGAGUGCAUGGAGAUGACCUCAGCAAAGCACUGACGGGACAUGUGAAAGAGAAUCACAAGUUCAAUCCGAUAAGUCCAUUGACAGAGGGUGAUAGGGGCUACAAUGAUAAUCCCAGUUCUAGUGACAGAGCCCACUGCCUGGUCAGUCUGAUGCCUGCAGAUAAGAUUUCUCUAAUCGAUGAUGAUGUCGUCAAGAAGAUGAGGACCAUCAGAUUAGUUGCUAGAGACUUGGGAAUCCCCCAAGUGGUCAUCCUCACCAGGGUGGAUCUGGCUUGUCCGUUGGUGAAAAAAAACUUGAAAGAAGUGUAUCAAAGCAAGUAUAUCAAGAAUAUGAUGAAGACAUGCAGUAUAAGGCUCGGCGUCCCAGUGAACUGCAUCCUUCCUGUGAAGAACUACCAUGAGGAAAUCGACUUGGACAAAGACAUGGAUGUGCUGCUAUUGAGAGCACUGAAGCAGAUAAUUGACUUUGGAGACGAUUUCCUGAAGGAGAUGGCUGUGCCUGUGUUAACUAUAACAUCUGUGUGCACCAUGUCAGUUACAGUAUAACAUGUAAUGUGAUGCUAGCCAUGCUCUAUAUUUGUCAAAGCGUUUGUAAUGUGUUAUGUCAUUAUUUGUCUUUGCAGUUUACCAAACACCCUUGUUCAGGGAAAUUACCUUCUCAGUUUUUCCCCAACAAAAAUUUGCUAAAAUAAAUAUGCAUUCAAUAAAGAUGAGAUCAAAACUUC